CAACCGGUCUUUGAUGGAACCUAUAAGUCUUUUCACUACAAUCCUCUUCGUCUGUAUUCGGAAGAAGCGAUGGAGUAGAAGCACUGGGAUGUAUUAAAUGUGGCGAAAAUCAUUUUUUGUGAAUCUUUGUUGUCACCAAACCUAUCUUCAAGUCAUUGACAUGUUUUGUUUGAAUUAAAAAAUACAUUUAUUUCGCAGCGACAUCAGAAUGGUAUACGCAUGGUCUCGCAAAUUGAAACCUAGACUUAAUAUCCCUGAUCAUGAUACUUUCCACAUACCUAGCAAUGUCUUCCACCCGUUACCCCGAUAAUACAAUGCAUCACUGGGCAUCAAUGCAUCAAGAUAAAAGCACAUUGCCUCCAAGAAUAAUUUGCAGAUAUUUGAUAAAUUCUUCAUGAGCCGGUAAAACGGAUGACAAUCGCCGUUCUCGGAUUGCAACGAUGAAGAUGAAUUGGUGAUCGGUUGGGCCUGUUAAGUCGUGGCGUCUUUUGAAAAAGAAAUGCUUUUCUUUUAAACAAAAAUAGACGACCAAGCGAUCAGCAUGUCUAUCAGUUGGAUUGCUCUGCUGUAUUCCCUUCUAUCUGUUGUAAAAGCUCUUCGAGGUGUGAAAGACGAUCUUGGCCUCUCUUGCUAUUUGGACAAUUUCGAUUCUUGUUUUACAUCAUUCUCGGAUGGAGACAACAUUACGGUCCCAGAUGGGGAUAUAAACAUCAUUGCCAUCUUCGCAGAAAGUGGAAAAUCAGACGAAGAUUGUAUCAGUGAUGUUCUUCAUUCUGCCAUCAAUCUUCAGUACGCAAUCCAAGAAACAGACAGGGUCAACACUAACGCAUCAAUGAUGGAUUACGCCAUUUUGUGUGCAAACGGCUUACCGCAAGAAGCAGACGACAUUUUCGCCCUCCUUGAAAAUAUUCAAAACCCUUACGUCAUUCUCGGCGCAACUCUCCCGCCAAUUUUUACAUAUGCAAUAUUAGAUAUGACAAAUGACCUCCAUAUCCCCGUUUAUAGCUUAAGUCCGUCGAAUUAUGACGCGCCAUAUCUCCCGUUUGAUAGUCGGUACUCUAUCGUAAGCUAUUCGGCGCCGUCGCACGAAGCCUUCGUCCAAACCGUUGUCGAAGUCAUUGACUAUUUCGGAUGGUCGUGGGUCAGUUUUCUUACCAUCGAUGACGGUUUCGGACAAUUUUUCAUGAGGGCAGUUGAAAUGAGAUUUGAGCAAAAAGACGGUGUUUGUAUCGACGAUAAGAUGUUUAUUAAGAAACGUUUGAUUGCUGAUAGCUUUUCGGAUGAAAGACUUCGAAUUCAGACGAAAAUCCGGAAUUCGACGUCGAGUGUUUUUGUUGUCUUUGUUGCGGAUUCUGACUAUAUCGAUAUACUGAAUGACAUACAAGCUACACAUCCAGAUCUUGUUUGGAUCUUGGCCACCUUGGACAGCGUCGAUCAACAAUUAAUCAAAAAUGACUGGACACUCCACAUCACUCCGACAAAAUACUCGCUAUCAGAGAGUCUGGGCGACUUCCUGGUCGACUGGUGUUCAAGGAGAUCGAACUGCUCUUCUCGUGAUCAUCAAGGGAUUCGACGCCGUGCAGAUACACUCUGUUCAAGGGUCGACAACGAUAUGAUGGAGGCGAAACAGGAAGUCGAACGCGUUGACGUCUACUUAGCAGUUCGGAUGAUCGAGAACCACGUUAUCUGCAUGUCUUCGAGAACAACCCCGAACUCGUCGUGCUCGUCGACCUCGAGCUUCGAUGACGUCGUCGCUCGAGAGGUACUCCCGUCGACCAACGAGAGUCACCCCAUGAACAAGUUUGGCGGUGUGCUCGGGAGUGGGAGCGUGUUGCCAUGGGGAUUCGACAUCAGGGCGGGGCGGAUCGCAUCACCUCGACCGGAGAUGGAUACCAGCGGAGGAGGAGACGUGCUCAUAGGACGAUAUAUUGAGAAUGGACUUUCAUCUGAGAUGAUUCUGAUCGAUGAUGAUCUUAUUGUUUGGCCUUCUAGAGACGGCAAGGUCCCAGAAAGCCAUUGCUCGCCCACCUGCCCAUCAUCGCAUGCUCGCUUCUCGUUGCCAGGGCAACCAUCUUGCUGUUUUGUAUGUUUGUACUGUGAGGGAAGCCUCAACCAUUCCACUGAUGGUUCUGUACGAUGUGAGAAGUGCCCUCAGGGAUACUGGUUCAACAUCACUACCGGAUCCUGCGAGCCUCGGUACCUGGACUACCUCCGCUGGGACUCUAUCCCAGCCCUGGUCUACAUCGUCAUCUGUUCCUUCAGCAUAUUAGUCAACGUCGUCGUCCUGGGCGUCAUCGCCUACCACCAUACCUCGCCCAUCGUCAAGGCAGCCAACCGUGAGUUGAGUCUCCUUCUCCUCUUUGGAACCAUCGUCGAGCUCGUGGCUCCGAUGUUCCACAUCGGUCUCCCCACGGUACAGCAGUGUAUGAUCCACAUUGGUCUCCAGGGACCUAUGAUCACACUGAUCGCAUCCGUUUAUCUAGUCAAGACCAAAGGGGUGCUGUCCAUCUUCGAGGCCAGACUGCCGGACCUGAUGCACAGGCACAUGUUCCUACAGCGACAUCUUCAGAUCCUGGCCGUUUUUACUCUUGUCCUGGUCGAGGCAGUAGCGGCGACGCUCUAUCUGCUUUUUGCGCCACCUGGAGUGCUGUACAUUGAUAGUCACAUCCCGCACAUAACGUACGUCGAGUGCAACUAUGGCAUCGUGGCUCUACCGGUCCAAUGGCUCUAUAACUGGAUCAUCGUAGCGAUUGCCUUUGCGCUCGCUUACAGAGCACGUCACCUUCCUGAAAACUUUGGAGAAGCUAGCUUGAUCGCGAAGAGCAUGGGGUUGAGCCUCCUAGUGUGGUUCAUUAGCUUCAUGUGCUUCAUACUCUCAAGUGGGAGCAUGAAGGCCAUCUUCCAGAAUGCCAUCUUGGUGGCCAGCCCGUGGAUUUUCAUGGGGUUCCUCUACUUCCCCAAAUGUUACAUCAUCCUGAAGCAUCCACACCGGAACACGGUGCAUGAGAUACGAAGAAUGACACUGGCGCAUGUCCAGAGAAAUGCAGAACAGGUGUGCGGUUCAUCAGCCUCUCGAAGGCGCAGUUCACACGAUCCUUCAGAACAACCCUACAGAGACAAGAUUAACUGUCGAACAGCGCCCUCUAAGGACAUUAGAUCGUGUAGAAAUGACGACAGGAUUGUCCUACAAAUUGAUAUUCCAGAAAUUUCUCGGCAGGGAACCGACGAAACUGGGAUCUCACCUUCUAGCAGUCGGUCAUCAGGGAAAACUAUGGAGGAUGAACCUGCCAUCCUUUCGCUAAAUGACACAUCGACGGUACCACCGAUCGAACUCCAAACAUGCAAUGGAUGUUCUACGCCACACCUGGCUAAUGCCACCAUCUCAAGUUCACAACGUGACGCAGAAGCGACUAAGCCACACACCAUUGGUCGAGGUGGUCAUGGGAAUUCGGAAGUGCCUUUGAGGUUUGAUAAAGGUAAAUCGUCAGUCAUUCAUCCGACUAGCUGCACUGAAAUUCUUGAUGAAUCUGCAGUCCCCGCCUCUAAUUACGUUACUCCUCAAGAAACCAGGACAAAUACCGAUGCUUGUGCUAUGAUUAUAUCUUUAGCUAAUACAAGUCCCCAACGUUUGUAUACUAGUAAUGAAAUAGCUUGAACUAAGAUUGAAAGACAUUAGUAACAUCGGGGAUAUUAUUGAUUUUGGUUACAAGGAAAGGACGUGUCUUUUAUCUCUUCAUCUCUUCGAUACUGUUCGGUAUCGCGUAUCCGUAUGAAAUUGACCCAAUAAAAUAUUAAUGAAGAAAACAUCCGAUAGGGAAAGUUCGAUGUCACAUCACCGUAAUAACGGAUAUAAGAGGAAUGAGGGUGAGUCGGUCUUUUAUGAUGCUGGACUCACAUUUACCAAAAAAAUCCGAAAAUGCCCAUA